AAAAAAGCAAAUACUUGUAUGCAAAUAAUUCACAAGCGUUACUAGUGCUGAUAACAACAACAAGUAAUAAUAAUAAAAUGUUAUUUACAAGGCGCCAUAAGUAAGUGAAUUAAAGCAAAGCUUAAUAACUGAAAAGUUCAUUGUUGUAUAUAGGUAUAUAAGAGUAUACAUAUAUAAGUACAAGCAAGUGUAUGCAUAUACAAGUGUCCAAGUAUAUUGUUGACAUCUGGCUCAAAACCAAAGCAAAUUUUGUUUGAGCUCUGCUGGCAAUGUGUAAAUGUAUGAGCGGAUAACAAAAAAUACAAGACGAAAUGAAAAAAUAAUAAUAACAAAACAGUCAUCGUCUCAAACUCAGCAGUUACAGCAAAUACAAUGUCUACUUACUUACGUAGUUAAAAAUAAAUCUGAAUUUUUCACUAUUCCUAAAAAUUUUGAAAUGACAGUAAAAUAUAUGAGAUUUAAAAUAAAGAGUUUAGCUGUUUAACGUUGUGAGGAAGACACUCAAGCUCAAAAUAAUAAAGACCAAUGUAAAUAAAUUGCACAAUCAUAAAAAGUAAUCGACUGAUCUUCAAACUAACCAAAACAUAACGUAAAUAUAUCCAAAAAUAUAACCAAAAUAUAUCCAAAAUUGUAUGUAAAUAAUAAAAAUUAAAUAAUAUUAUAUGCAAACUUUGUAAAUUAAAGACGAAAAAACGAUAAUUCAGUGUAACAUAAUAAUUUAAAUUUAUAACACAUACCAGCUUAAUAUAAAAGCAUUUUUUAUAAAAAAGUAAUAAUUGAAAUAUAUAAAAUAAAAUAUAAAAAUUAUAUAAAAUAUUAACGUGAAAAUUUACAAAACAGGCGCAAACAGCUGUCGAAAAUUCAGUUUUAUUAAAUAAAAAAAGUAAAAAUUUCUAUUAACAUAAAAUCAUUGCUAUAACAACUUUUACUAAAGCACAAAGGCGUUACAAAUAGACGAAUAUAUAAUAUAUUACAAAAGACAAAAAUAUUAAAAUUUAAGUUAAAAACUGAAAAUAAUCAAUACUAUUUCUUAUACACAUAUAAAUAAUAAAAACUUUAACAAUUUAAUAUUUAUUAAAAGUAAAAAAAAUAAAAAUAAAAUAAUAUAACAGUAAAAUGUUUGCUUAAACAAAGCAAAUAAAUUAAACAAAAUUUUAAUAUUAUAUAUAAAAUAAUAAUUAUUAAUUAUAACCAUAACUAAUGAGUUAGAUAAUACGACGGCGUCCAACGCAGGCAAACACAAACACAUACACAACACUGCAAAAACAUUCGUUACACACAAACACCAAAUAACCACUUAAAAUAAAAAACACACAUAGAAAUGUUCAAAAAAGGCGAAAAGAUGGCGUUGGCGAAAUCACUAAAAAUGUUCCUCACCAUAUUCGUGGCGACCACCUGCAUCUACAUGGUGCUGUAUCAGUAUCAUCUGUCGCGAGAGCCAAUAACGCAGCCAAAAUAUAUUAAGAAUAAGGAUAUUUCAGCCGAUGCGGAUGUCGCUGCUAUCGCACGCAAAUAUAACUCAUAUUUAUGGUCACCAAUGUCGUUAUUUAGUGCGCGACAACCACAACAACAACAACAAGUCCAAACACCAGAAGCACAAACACAACUAUCAAUCAGCGAGAGGCAAUCAAAUGCAACAACGAGUGAGUCGGCAACAACAACAGCACACGCGGCAAAGGAACGAAACUCAGCAGCGUUAACAGUUAGAGCAGCCGCACAACCGUUAUCAUCACCAUUACAAGCCACAACACAGCAUAAUAUUUCCACAUCAAACUCAUCUUCAUCAUUCGUAUCAGUCACACCCACAUCCACAACCACACACACAUUGUCAACAAGCGUAGUGUCAGCACGUUUGUUGAACGCCUCGCUCGGCAGCGCGCAUCAGCAGUUUAUUGCGCAAAAUGUUGCAGCGGUUGACAGUUUGAAAAAGCGCUCAACAUCACUUGCUAGUUUGAAUAGCACAACAAAUGCGAGAACAACAACAAAAACGACAACAAUUCGUACAAUAGCCACAACGCGUGCGGUUGCAAAUGCUGCAAAUUCAACGUUGCCGAAUGCGCGCAUUGUGACGCGUCCAGCUGUCGGCACAACUGCCAAUGACACAAAAGCGCUACCCCCACCACUGUACAUCAUUACACCGACUUACCGGCGCGCCGAGCAAUUGGCGGAAUUGACACGACUCGGCUACACGCUGAAGCAUGUGGUGAAUUUGCUGUGGCUCGUGAUUGAGGAUGCGAAUCAAACGUCGCCGCUGGUGAUACACACACUUAAUCGCAUUGGCGUGCCUUAUGAGUACUUUUUGGCACCCAUGCCGGAUGAGUAUAAAAAUACGAAAAAGGCUAAACCACGUGGUGUUUCGAAUCGAAAUCGCGGUCUGGAUUAUAUACGCGCUAAUGCGACCAGUGGCGUCUUCUACUUCGCGGAUGAUGACAACACUUAUGACAUCUCGAUUUUUGAGCAGAUGCGCUACACGCAAAAGGUUUCAAUGUGGCCCGUCGGCUUGGUCACAAAGUUUGGCGUGAGCACGCCUAUCAUACGUAAUGGCAAGAUAACAGGUUUCUAUGAUGGUUGGAUAGGUGGACGUAAGUUUCCCGUCGAUAUGGCCGGCUUUGCGGUGAGCGUAAAAUUCUUACAUGAACGACCCAAUGCGAAAAUGCCCUUCAAAGCAGGCUAUGAAGAGGAUGGCUUCCUGAAGAGUUUAGCGCCACUGAAUCUCACGGAUAUCGAGCUGUUGGCCUCCAAUUGCACAGAGAUCUUAACGUGGCACACGCAAACGAAGAAGAACGCCAAUGCGUCGCCGUUGAAUCUGACAUUACAUGGUGAUACGAAUUUAGUGUCGUUAAAUACAUUCUUAGUGCGUACGUAAAAUGUAUGGAAUGUACAAAAUUGGGUUGAUUUGGCAAUGCCUCAAUGGCGUGCCGCAAAUGUGCUGUGGCGUAACUCCUUAACCAAAGCUUAGUUAAACAAAUGCAGGCUCUGUAAAGAAGCGUUUACUAAUUUUCUGCAAAUAACUGCGCAAAACGAUUUUAUUUUUGAAAACGGAAUUUCGACUGUUUCGCGACUUGUCUACUAUAUACCUAUAUGCAUAUAUUUAAGUUUUAUUUAUAAAGCGUGAUUUUAGUGAAAAGAGUGAGCACAAAAGGCAUACAACUUGUAUAAUAAUUAGUUAGGCGCUUACAAUUUGUACAGUUAUCUUUUUUCACAUAAUACUAUUUUUACCAAAGCAUAUUAAGUCACAAAUUUAUGAAUAAGUUGUAAACAGUACUAUGUAUAUGUAUACGUGUAUCUAGCUGUAAGCCUAACAGCGAAAUGUCGCGCUUUAUUUAAUAUUUUAUUUUGUUAAGUUUAGUUACUAUAAUUUAUGUUUAGUUAAAUAUUUUAAGUGAUAAUACUGCUGUGUCGCGUAAAUUUACUAUUUUAGCAUUAAUAAGUUUAAUUUUAGAUUAUUAAUUUUUGUCAUCUUGAGUUGUUGUCACAUAUAAUACAAUUUGAUUUACUUUUAGUUUUAUAAGAUACUCAGUAAACUUAUCCAUAAGCUCAAAUUCCAAAAUAUUUGUAAAACAAACCAAUAUUGUCUAAAGAAUUUACUUAAGCUUUUAGCUUACUUUAAACAAAAAAACAGAAAAAACAGAAAUAUUUGUAAAUUAUAUUCCUUCUUAAGUAGGUCUAAGUAUUUUAGUCUAAAAAACUUGUAUUGUUGUAAAGAAAAUAUGUAUAAUUUCUAAAUAAAAAGAAAAAAAUUAUAAUAAUAAAUUCAUAAUGCUAAAGUUUAGAAAUUUUAAUUUUAUAUAUUUUUUUUAUAAUAUUUUAAUUUGACUAAUUAAGCAAAUUUUCGUUUCUUUUAAACAAGGAAAUUGAAAUCGGAAAAAUAUUACUCACAAGUCAACUGAGCCUAAUCUUCAUAAAAAAAUCAAUUUUCGUUCAAUAAUGGAAAAUAAAUUGCUAAUACUUGCAUAACAAAAAAUGUUAUUAAAACACAAACGAUUCGAAAUUUGUGAUGCAAAAUUAACUCAUUACAACAGUUUGCAGCCAUUUUGCGUUUUGAAAAUUGGCUUCGGAUUUCUUACUCUUAAAAUUUACACUAGUUUACAGUCAUUUUGCCUCUGUCUGAUGUUAGAGGCUAUUUCUUGCUAAUUUUGGGUUGCUAACACAGAAAAUGAUGGUAAACAUUUCCUAAGACGUAAGCUUUUUGUUCAAAAAAUUUUCAACACGUACAGCUAUUUUGUCAUUUUGAUUGUAUUCAAGGGGUGUAGGAGUCAAAACAGCAACAUUUAAUAAAAUGAUAAAAAUAUCUGGACGUGUUGGAACUCAAAUUCGUAAUCAGGACUCCUCAAAUACCCCACAGGCCUCUUAUCGCAUUAGUCGUCUAAAACAAUUUUUCUUAAAAUUUGAGGAGAGAUUAUUUAGAUGACUAAAUCACGUUUUCUGUUAAAAAAUUGUGCUCAAUAGCUUAAUGGUUACCCAUAGUAGUACAUAUAUUAGUCCAUACAAAUGUCAUGCUGCAAGCAAGCGAACUCAUAUCGCAUCACAUACAUAUGUAUAUAUUAAUUGCAAUGUAGAUUGUAAUUUCUUGUUUACAAAAGAAAAUAUGAGAAAAGGCCAGCGAAAUGUAAGAGAAGACGUCCACAUAAAUUCCAAAUCGCAACACAAUAUGAGAAAACCAAAGAAGUUUUAUUCAAAAGGAAGCGAUGCAUAGUUAACUGCGAUCCGUAGGAAAGGAGUAAUUAUUAAAAAUGAACACAAAAAAUAUAAAAAUAUAAUUUCCAAAUAAUGCGUCACACAUUAAACUAUUAUUAAUAUAACAAAUAUUGAAUAUACCAAAUUAAAUUAAAAACUUUAAACUUGAAACGAAUACGCCUGCUAAGCAAGUGAAUGUGUGCUUUUAAAUAAAAUGAACGCGCAUACAUUAAAUAGCUAGAUUUGUGAAAAAAUUUAUUAAAUGUAUGAAGCCUAAGCAACUUUCAUAGUUGUUACAGGAAAGUCUACUUUUUUAUAAAAUAAUAAAUGAUAUAUACUCGUACUUCUAUCAGGUGACGUAAUGGAACGAAUCAAUGCAUAUUUUUUUGUAAGUCAUAAAAUAACACAGAAUGGAUUCUCCUAUACACGGUUGUUAAAACAAAACUCCAUAUGCGCCCCCAAGCAGACUAUAUAUAGAAAUACAAAUAAUACCUAAAAUAUUUCUAAAUCUACACUAUGAUUUCAUUUGAUAUUUCCUAUUAAACCACGAAGUUAAUGUCGUUGCGCUUAAAAGCAGUCUAUACAUAUGUUGCUUUUAAGUGGCAUUCGAUUGAUUUAAUUUGACAAAAUGCCAGUGCACCUCAAGGUUAGUCAGCCUAUAACUUAACUAUAAUUUUAAAAAGAGUAUAGAGCGAAAUUUGUCAACUCCAUAGAGCGGUUUGGUCUCUGCAUGCGAGAAGUUUUAAAAAUAGUAAAUUAAACUUUCCAUACAAUUAUAGAUUUUUCGACAAAUAAGAACACGAUUAGCACACUAUUUGCAUAAUUCUCAGAUAAAAGCAAUACUUCUCAACUCAACAAUUGCACGAUUUUACUAAUACUUAGCAAUAUUAGUGAACAUACAAAAUUUCUUAUUUCAAAUAUUUAUAAUAAAAAUAAUAUCAAAUAAGGUAGCAAAUUAGCUCUGCGCCAAUUUUUUACAGUUUUUGUAGCUAAAACCGAUUUUUGAAUUCACCAACAAAUAAAGCUUAUAAAUCAUACAGUACGAGGUACUUACAAAAACAAUCAUAAUGUAGUUAUAACAGACGAUUUACAAAUAGUGUUUCAGCAUAAUAAUAAACACUAAAUAUAAACAUAUACAAGCAGGAUAUAGAAGUAUAGAUAGAAGAAGAGUUUCCAAAAUUUUCAAUAUGAAUUUAAAAUUAUUUAGCAUAUUACUAAGAUAAAUACUGUAAUUUAUACUUAACGCUAUAAAAAUUAAAAAUUUUAAAUUAUAAAAAAGAUAUACAGCGCUUGUUAUAGCCAAAUAUUUAUAAGAAAAUUCGAAAAAGUUUGAAAGCAUUUUAAUUUUCAAAAAAUUUAGCAUUUUUAGCACGAAAAGUAAUUAUUUAAAAAUUGAAGUGUUAAAACUUAUAAAUUUGUCAAAAUUUCUCUUUUAUAAAAUUGUAUAAAAAUUAUUUUGUUAUCUGUCGCAAAGUUUUACGAAAACUUUUGCAAAGACUUUAGCAAAAAACCCAAA